AUGGCCAUGACGCCGCCCUCCUCCUUCCCGCCGGCGUCCCCGUCGUCCUACUUCAACAUGUCCUCCGGGUUCCUCGACUCGCCGGUCCUCCUUACCCCCAGCCUAUUCGCAUCGCCGACGACGGGCGCGUUCCCCUCGCAUCAGUUCAACUGGAUGGGGACGCCGGAGAACGACGGCCUGCAGGGAAGCGCCAGCCAGGACGAGCAGCGGCAGUACUCCGGCUUCACGUUCCAGACGACGGCGCCGCUGCCGGCGGCCACCGCGACCGCGUCCUCCUUCCUGCAGUCGUCCAUGCCCAUGGCUCAACUGGUGGGAGACUCAUACGAGCAGCAGCAACAGCAACCGUGGAGCUACCAAGACACGGGCAUGAACGGGGCCACGAGGCCGGCGGAGUUCACCACGCAAUUCGAGCCGCCGACGACGUCCACCAUCAUGGCGACGACGGCGCCUGACGUGCUCGGGAACGGCGCCUACAGCGUCCCGGUGUCUUCGGGGACGGCCGGGUACCGCGUGCAGAGCCGGCGGCCGUCGUCGGACGACGGCUACAACUGGCGCAAGUACGGGCAGAAGCAGAUGAAGGGGAGCGAGAACCCGCGCAGCUACUACAAGUGCUCCUUCGCCGGCUGCCCCACCAAGAAGAAGGUGGAGCAGGCGCCCGACGGCCAGGUCACCGAGAUCGUGUACAAGGGCACGCACAACCACCCCAAGCCGCAGAACCCGCGCCGGGGCUCCGGCUCGGCGGUGUCGUCGUCGUACGCUCUGCAGUGCCACGGGGCCAACGACGCGUCGAGCGACGCGCUCUCCUGCACGCCCGAGAACUCGUCGGCGUCCUACGGGGACGACGAGACGAACGGCGUGAGCUCAAGGCUGGCCGGAGCCGUCGGCGGCGGUGAGGAUCAGUUCGACGACGAGGAGGCUGAUUGCAAGAGAUGGAGGAGCGACGGCGAGGCGACGGUUAUGGCCGUCGGUAACCGGACUGUGCGGGAGCCAAGGGUCGUCGUCCAGACGAUGAGCGACAUCGACAUCCUCGACGACGGCUACCGGUGGCGCAAGUACGGGCAGAAGGUGGUCAAGGGCAACCCGAACCCGAGGAGCUACUACAAGUGCACGACGCCCAACUGCCCGGUGCGGAAGCACGUGGAGCGCGCGUCGCAGGACCUGCGCGCCGUGGUCACCACCUACGAGGGCAAGCACAACCACGACGUGCCCGCCGCGCGCGGGAGCGCCGCCGCAGCAGCGCGGUACAGAGCCGCGACGCUGCAGCCGGCCGCGAGCUACCUGCAGGGCGCCGGCGGCUAUUCCAGUCUUCGCCCCGACGGGUUCGGCGGCCUCGACGACGGCGGCGCGCCCGCGGGGAUGAGCGGGUUCGCGCUGUCCGGGUUCGGCAACCCGUCGUACUCGUACGCGAGCAUGCAGGAUCAGCAGCAGCAACCACAGCAGCAGCAGAGCGAAGCGAUGUACUACGACGCCUCGAGGACCAAGGACGAGCCGAGGGACGACAUGUUCUUCGGCCACUCGGUGAUGUUCUGA